GCUAGCUUCUCCCUCUCCGCUGCUGUUGAAUCAGUAAACGGCAGAAAGCAGGAGGUCUGAGUCGAUACGAGUGUUGUGUUGUUUGAUAAAUUAUCCCACUGCCGCAAAAAUGAUUUCACUCACGGAUUCACAAAAAAUUGGGAUGGGGCUGACGGGGUUCAGUGUGUUUUUCCUCUUCUUUGGGAUGAUGCUGUUUUUUGAUAAAGCUCUGCUCGCCAUUGGAAAUAUCCUGUUCGUGUCAGGCCUGUCCUUCGUCAUCGGCCUGGAGCGAACGUUCAGAUUCUUCUUCCAGAGGCACAAAGUCAAAGCCACCAGCUUCUUCCUGGGAGGAGUGUUCGUGGUUCUGAUCGGCUGGCCGAUCAUCGGCGUCGUUCUGGAGAUCUACGGUUUCUUCCUCUUAUUCAGAGGGUUCUUCCCGGUGGCAGUGGGCUUCAUCAGAAGAAUACCAGUGCUGGGGUCUUUGCUCAGUUUACCCGGGAUCAGUACACUGGUGGAUAAAAUCGGUGAGAGCAACACGAUGGUAUAACAGCAGACCGUUGCUGUAUCAGAAGAGAGUUCCAGUAUUUAUCCUAGUUCCUAAUAGUGACUGUAUGUAUUGGUCAAUGCCACUGCAGAGCUAUGAAUCCAAACAAACUACCUGUGGACAUUUGACUGACACCCAGUUUUGUAUCUGACCGCCAAGAGAUUUUUGUAAUUUUAAAAGCUGGAAGCAGGUCUCCCUUUUUGUAUCAUUCCUGUCUGAUAUUUAUGGACUGAUAAGUUGGGACCACUGGAUUAACUCCGCGGAGCGUCAGGAGCUCUUUGCAGCAUCCUCUUCGUCAGAUUGUGUGCCUGAACACUGAAAGCUUUUUUAUGAGUCCCUCAAUGACGUGUAACUGGAAUUUUGUACAUUCAGAAUAAUGUUGAGCUAAAGAAACCUAAACUGAUGUGAAAAAGGGUUUAAGAUGCUUGUUAUGGAAAUGUUUUACUGUAACUUUUGUAAAAUGUUUUGGAAUAAAGUGUGUCUUUUUAUAAA